GUUAGUAUUAGGUUUAAAAUCACAUUUUAAGAAGAAGAAUUGUACAAAUGGGCGGGGUUUAGCCUAUGUCUUUGUGGGUAUAGAAGCUAGAGACGACCAUCCCUCCUUGCCUCACGACAAUUCGACAGUGUUGCCGCACAAGAGACCGAAACCGGAGGAGAUGUUUUAGACCUCCGAAAAUAUUUUACGGUGAUGCGUUAACGAUUUCAAGAGGAUAUAAGAGAGCUGGGAUCAAGCAAACCGGGAACGAGCAGGAAGCGAAAAUAAACGGCAGUUUCUGUCACGGUUGGAAGUUUUGACGGAUUUCAAAACAGUGGAUUCUGUGAAUGUGAUUGUAAACACUGUUCUGGGGUUGACACGAAUGUAGGCUAAUUGCGUAGGACAGAAAGUUUCUGUAGGCUAAUAGCAAUUUUCCUUUUUCCAAUGGACUCGCAUUUGGAGACUGCUUGCACACAAAGUAUGGAAUUACCCCUGUAAUGUGGAUUGCAAUUUCAUUUGAAGAAAAUAAAGGUCUACUCCAGAACAAUGUGAAAAGAUACGCGUCCUGGAUUCUAAUGUUUCUGGAUAUCUUGAAAAUUAUUGGCAACAGUUGAAAUUAUGCUCAACCGAUUUUUGCUCAGGUGUCUUGCCUGCUCCGACCGUGGGACCAAAAUGGAUUUGACGCCACUACAGACCCCGGUCCCCCUUUUACAGAAGUUCUAACAGUUAUUACACUUUGCUAUUACUGUUUUAAACUUUACAAAUGCUUUGGAAGAAAUCGCCAGACGACCCGCUUGGAUUUUAAAUCUACAUUUGCAUUUGGAAUUUCAAUCAUGAACUUUGACAGUUUGAUAACAUUAUUUCUCCUGACACUUCUGUAUUUGUCAGCUGUCAAGAGUGCCCACAUACCUAAGGACGGAGGGAGAAGUGCGCAUGACGGCGUGAUCUCCUUCAUGGAGGUGUACAAUAAGAGCCUGUGUCAGCCCAGGGAGCUGCUGGUAGAGAUCCUACAGGAGUACCCAGAGGAGGUAGAACACAUCUUCAUCCCAUCCUGUGUGGUGCUGACACGCUGUGCAGGCUGCUGCAACGACGAGAUGCUACAGUGUACGCCAACCUCCACGCAUAACGUCACCAUGGAGAUAAAAAGAAUAAAACCCCACAAGCAACAAAAUGAUAUCUUCAUGAGUUUUACAGAACACAAUGCAUGUGAAUGCAGGCCAAAGAAUGAAGUGAAAGAACAGAAAGAAAAAGAACCCUGGAAAGGCAAGGGCAAAGGCCAAAAGAGAAAGCGAAAGAAAAAGCGUGACAAAAAGAAUCGCCACUCUCAGUGCGAGCCAUGUUGUGAUGGCUGUUUAGCGAGGAGAAAGCGGUUGUUCAUCCAGAACCCUCUGACCUGCCAGUGUUCCUGCAGAAACUCUGACGCCGACUGCAGGGCACGUCAGCUGGAGCUCAACGAGAGGACCUGCAGAUGUGACAAGCCCAGGAGAUGAGUCUAAGCUUAAGAUGAAACAACGUGAAGGGACAUUCACAAGAUAUUUCACAGCACUUUCAACUCUGAGCUUAUCUUCUUUGUGGAAAGCAUUCCCCUGGACUGACUGAGAAACAGCAGUGAGAAAAGAGAGGGGGAGAGAGAAAGAAAUAAUACAUUAAUAGAAAAAUAAUCCCAAUGUAUCUGCAUAUACUAAGAGAGAGAGAAAGAAAAAGUACAGAAUUUGUAUUGCUGCUAAAAGAGCUAACUAAAACCCAUCGUUUGGCGUUUGACUGGACUACGGUUUUGUUGUUGAUUCAUUUAUGCAAAUACUUCACUGGAUAUGUGUGAGUACUGUGGUUAUGUGUUAAAUCAUGAGGAACAAAACCUUGCUAUGUGGUACGUAUAUCCACAGAAGAGGAAGAGAAGAGGAAGGAAGGAAGAACAUUCUUCCUGACCCAUAGACUCCCUUUGCAGGAACCCAAUGGCAAUGGCAGGACAGCCAAUGGGAGAUGGGGAUCCGUCCCUUUAUGACAGCACUUCCUUUUCCUUAAAGGAAGUUCUAGAACUGAUGCGUGGAACGUGUGGAAAGCUAGAACUGUGUAUUUUGCUGGCCUAGCUAGCAGCGGAACUGGAUUUGGAGUGCCAUAAUACCCAAAGGGAUACUGAUGAUUGAUUUUGGUAUACAUGGAAACCACUAGAAACAACUGAUACUGUAGCUUGAUUCCAUUGAGAAACUGCCUCACAAACUGUGCUAAUCACUUUAGAGUGAGAAAUCCUGAAUUAGCUUCUUAAAUUAUUUUUGUUUAUUUUUGGGGGAGGGGAGGGGGAUGUUAUGCUGUCUGUGGUUGAACUCAAUACAGAAUGCAAUAGUAUCGAUGGCAAGCAGUCUGUAUAUACUAUACCUACUUAAUAUCCCUUAUGUCAUAGUCCACUAUAGAUAAUUUAUAAUGUUAGAGUAUUUUCAGUAUUCAGUCCUCUACCCAUAUUUAAUUUGAUCUAUUUAUAUAUCAAGUGUUAUGUUCCUUUGGGUUUCCCCCCUUCCUGCUAUGUGAUGCCAUUGUGGUCUCCAUUCUGCCUAGCUACAAGGAGAUACUGCUCUAGGCUUUUAUAAGAAAAAGAAAGCCUUUACGUUAACAUUCCUGAAAUGGAUCAUUUGUAUGGACGCCAUCUAUUCUGGAUUUAUCAACCCUUUUUUAUAGAGGGUGGAGGUUCUGUGUGUGAUUUUUAACCUGCUCUAUGGUCUUGGCGUGUGUGUGUGUAUGUGUGUGUGUGUGUGUAUGUGUAUAUGUGUGUGUGUGUGUGUGUGUGUUAGAGAGGCAGAGGAGGCUUAUGCUUGUCUUGAGCUCCAUCACGCAGAUAACAAUAAACCAUUGCUAAAAGAAAGCUUGGCCUACCAAGUCAACUGAUUGUAUUACAGCUAGCAAUCUGCAAUAUCAAGAAUAUAUGAUUUCAUGAUAAUAGUACUUAUGGUUUCUUUUCCAAUAUUAACAUGUUUUUUUCUGUGACAGUGUAAAGUAGUAAAGCAUAUUUAUUUACAAAUUA